GCGUCGGUGCUGCGGCGGUUUCAGAGCACCUUAGUCAUCGCAGAGCACAACAAUGAAGCUCUCACGCCCAUUACACUAAACGCCAUCACCGCGGCCAAGCGUCUGGGAGGCGAAGUUUCUUGUUUAGUAGCUGGAACCAGCUGUGACAAGGUAGCACAAGAAGUCAGCAAAGUGCAGGGGGUUGCAAAAGUCCUCGUGGCUCAGCAUGAUGUCUACAAGGGAUUUCUGGCAGAGGAACUGACUCCCUUGAUUUUGGAAACUCAUAAAAAGUUCAGUUACACCCACAUCUGCGCCGGAGCAUCUGCCUUUGGGAAGAAUCUUAUUCCCAGAGUGGCUGGCAAGCUUGAUGUUGCCCCUGUUUCUGACAUCAUUGAAAUUAAGUCCCCAGACACCUUUGUGAGAACUAUCUAUGCAGGAAACAUUCUCUGCACUGUGCAGUGUGAUGAAGCAGUUAAAGUGUUCACUGUACGUGGAACUUCCUUUGAGGCUGCAGCAGCAAGUGGUGGCAGUGCCAGUGUGGAAAAGUUGACUCCUCCACCACCCGUUGGGCUCUCGGAAUGGAUCGACCAGAAGUUGACAAAAAGUGACCGACCAGAGCUCACCAGUGCCAAAGUGGUUGUGUCUGGGGGGAGAGGCUUGAAGAGUGGUGAAAACUUCAAGUUGCUGUAUGACCUUGCAGACCAAUUGCAUGCUGCAGUUGGAGCUUCCCGUGCAGCUGUUGACGCUGGCUUUGUUCCCAACGACAUGCAGGUCGGGCAGACAGGCAAGAUCGUAGCACCAGAACUCUACAUUGCUGUGGGAAUAUCUGGAGCAAUCCAACACUUGGCUGGAAUGAAAGACAGCAAG